CAAGGCAUAUUAAUGAUUUGCUCGUUUAAAAAUAUUAAUUACAAUAUUUAAAAGUCGGGAAUGUCUAUGGAGCCUAUAUUUGAAGGAAAAUAAACAAACAUUUAGUUUUCUUGAGCGGUUUCUCUGGUUGUUAAAAAUGGAGAGACAAGGCUCUUCGUUUGAAACAGAUUUGCAGUCGGUGGUUCUCGGUCUACACAGACUGGUGAAAAUCAUGAACUAUUUAACUAGUUUUCCCGAGAAGAAUUUAAACCUUGCGGUCAAACAAAAAAUGGAUGCUGAAGCAAUGUUAAAUGAUAUAACAUGCGAUGCCAGGCAGCUGAAAGUUAUACUUACGCACUAUCACCAAGAAGUUUCCACUUCGAGCUUGAAUACCAAACAAAACGAAAUGGAAGAAUUCAUUGCAUCCUUUGAGACCCCAACAGUGACAGAAACGGAUUCUAAAACAACCACAACAAAGAAAAAGCGGACAGCCAGGACAACACCAUCGACAUCUGGGAUGAAGACUCGCUUAAGAACGCUGGCUGAAAUGGCCAAAGAUAUUGCGCGGCAGGAGAAAGAAUCCUCCCAUAUAAGGGAUCUGGUCUCCAUGGCUGAUAUUGUCGAGGCUCUCACCCACUCUGUGGCCUUAACGUCCGCCAUGGACAGGAGAUUAAACACACCAAGUCCAGCAGCUGAUCAGAGUGAGUCGGACGAUUUUAGACAUACCACCCAGAGUGAGUCAAAUAGUACUGGACCCAUUAACCAUGUUGAGUCAGGUGGUGUUAUACCUACCAAUCAGAGCGACUCGGAUUCCUACAGAAACAUCAACCCUGACUCAGAUAGUACAUGUAUUAGUAAUACUAUUAUACCCAUCCACCAGGUUCGAUCAGGCAGAAAUUUACAAUCCUCAGAUAUUCAGGCAGAUGAUAGACCCAUCCAUCAUGUUCAGUCAGAUAGUAUUAGACCCACCCAGUCAAAUGUCAUAUCAAUCCACCAUGCUCAGUCAGAAGGUAUUAGACCCACUCAGAAUAUUGAGUUAAAUGAUACUGGACCCAUCCACCAUUCUGAGUCAGGUGGUAUUUUACCACCCUCAGAUAUUCAGUCAGAUGGUGUUAGACCCACCCAGAAUAUUGAGUCAAAUGGUGUUAUACCCAUCCACCAUGUUCAGUCAGAUGUUGUUAGACCCACCCAGAAUACCGAGUCAAAUGGUAAACCCAUCCGCCAUGUUCAGUCAUGUUGUACAUGUAUGAGGCCCAUCUACGAUUCUGAGUCAAAUGGUAUAAGCUCAGUUCAGGUGUCGGGGCAAACCACUGUCCCCUACAGUGACACUUCACCAACCACUACAUAUUCACAAAUAUCGAAAUACAUGAACAUCAUUCAAAGACGUUUAAAGUCGCAACUUUUGCGAUGGUCAGGGGGUUCUAUUUUUAAACUAUUCCUUCUCCCAUUAUUAAUAAUUUUGACAGUUCUGGCAAUAUUUAUGCAAUAUUGCUAUUAUUCAAAUAAGGACCGUUGUCUAUGUGUACAAUAUUUGCUGUCAUCUUUUGUUCAUAUUAGUUGCUGUCCCCAUAUGGUCUUAUAAAAAUGCUUGAAGUGCUCGCCUGAGGUGCUUGGGUCAGAGGACUAAAACUUUCUCGGUGGACACAUUGUAGUUUCAUCGUCCCAGCUAGUUCCCCACGUCUGGUAUUUUAAAGAACACAGUAUGUACUGUUCUGUCUGUAGGGGUCGUUAAUCAAAACAAACCUUUACUCAAAUACUGUAUAUUAAAAAACUAGAUUGCCAACGUGAUGAAAAACAAGGUUUCGGUAAAAUCGCACAUCGGUGUAACGAAAACCUGGCUUUAACGAAAACCUGGCUUUAAGUAACAACGUGACUGUUUUACUGACAUUCUGGAGCCAGUUGUUCAAACGUUAGUUACCUUAACCAAUAGUUAUCAAACAUUUUCAGCUAUGUAUCUAUUUAUGUAUCUAUGUAUGGAUGUAUUUGUCACAAGUUUGCAUGAUAAAUUACAUUACUAUAAAUAUACCUAUAUGUGUAAAUAUUGUAAGGCGAUGAAUCAGGGCACCCCAAACCUGACACCGUCAUGAAUGUCUGGGGCAAUAAAAUAAAAGAAGAUAUUUAAAUAUAUUGAACUUCAUUGAAAACGCAUCAGCCAGAUUUCCAGAUGUAAAUAGGAUAUGAUAUGAGAAGAAAUAAUAAUACAUUUAAAUGAUUUUGUAUAACUGGUAGACAAUAAGAAAUAGAAAAAAAUUGCAUAAAUUGGUUAGGGAUAUUGUACUUUAUAGCAACUUCACAUAUGGAUAGCAAUAACAACUAAAAAUAGGGUGAAGCAUUUUCAAUAUGAGAGUUCAGUAUACAUUCUUUGUAAAUAUGUUCUUUGUUAUAUAUUUGUUCCUAAGAUAAUAAAAUUUUUGUUUUGAAA